GUUUGAUCCGGCUGCUGUGCUUCUACAUCGAUCUGUGAGUUUGGAGCCUUACUAGGACACGUCACAGGAACUGUGCAGUGUUUUCAAAACUGUUGUAGGGCCUUCUGAAAGCAUUUCUUGAAGAGGUGCCGACAGUUGGAGAAAUAAGACUGGAUCUGGACGGAAGGUAAGAGGAGUGACGGCUCAAGGCUGAAGCUUAGCGGUGGUGGACUCAGAACCAGACCAGUCUGCUUAGCGACAGGACCUACUAGUCCACCGGGGCGUCUUUUCUACAUACCACCACUCAACCCACGGUUCCAUUCCAACCUAGGACGGCGAUAGAGACACCAUGGCUUGGAGAAGGGGAAAACUUACGGCCAUUCUACUCAUAUUUGAGGUGGUCUUCAUCGUGCUGUUCGGGAUCCUGGUGGUGUAUGAUGACCAGGCGAACGCCACCGCCACCCAGAACAGCCUGACUCCGGCUCAGGGCGGGGCCGAUGCCGACAACAACGUGCUCAGGGCCUACUACCCGAUGUUCCAGGAUGUGCACGUGAUGAUGUUCAUCGGUUUCGGCUUCCUGAUGACGUUUCUGAAGAAGUACGGAUUCGGCAGCGUUGGGUUCAACUUCCUGGUGGCAGCCUUCGUCCUGCAAUGGGCCACACUCAUGAGCGGAUUCCUGCAUCUGCACCAUGGCAAAAUCGUGGUGGACAUCACUACUCUGCUGACGUCAGACUUCGCUGCGGCGGCGGUGCUGAUCUCCAUGGGAGCGGUGCUGGGGAAAGUCAGCCACAUCCAGCUCAUCAUCAUGGCCUUCGUGGAGAUCAUCUUCUUCUCCAUCAACGAGUGGGUCGGACUCACCUUCUUCAAGGCCGUGGACGUCGGCGGUUCCAUGUUCGUGCACGCGUUCGGAGCGUACUUCGGGCUUGCGGUGGCGCGGGUGCUGUACCGGGAGGACAUGGUCGGGCACAGCAAGGAGGGGUCCAACUACCACUCGGACAUCUUCGCCAUGAUCGGUACUGUCUUCCUGUGGCUGUUCUGGCCCAGUUUUAACGCGGCCCUGGCUCCCGGAGACGACCAGCACCGAGCCGUCAUCAACACAUACUUCUCCCUAGCCGCAUGCGCAGUAGUCACCUUCGCCAUCUCCUCAGCGGUGGAGAAGGACGGCAAGGUCAACAUGGUUCACGUUCAGAACGCGACCCUGGCGGGGGGCGUGGCCAUCGGGACGAGUGCAGACAUGAUGGUCCACCCCUGGGGGGCGCUGCUGAUCGGCAGUAUCGCCGCCGUGCUGUCUGUGGUCGGCUACUCCUACAUCACGCCCUUCAUGGCGGACAAGUUGAAGAUCCAUGACACGUGCGGAGUGAACAACCUGCACGGCAUGCCGGGAGUUCUGGCCGGUAUUAUCGGCGCCAUCGUAGCUGCUGUGGCUUCACCGGCACAGUAUGGCAACAGUGUGUACCAGAUUUUCCCCGCCCGAGCUCCCAUCGAAAACAGCACGGAGCUGGCCACCAUCCAGGCCGCCUUCCCCGCUAUUGAGGCUGGUAACGGGCGCUCGGCCGGGCUGCAGGCUGGCUUCCAGAUGGCUGCUCUUAUCGUCUCCGUACUCGUCGCUCUGGUGACUGGCGCGCUCACUGGCCUCCUGCUGCGCCUGCCGAUCUGGGACCAGCCUGAGAAGGACUCCAUGUACGAGGACGAGGAUUACUGGGAGAUACCAGAGGAGGAAGCCGUGGACAUGAACGGCAGUCUGGAGGGAGUUGGGCACAAGAAGCCGGACAGCAGGGCAAGGACCGAGUCCGACACCAACAACGAGCAGGACACCAAAGUGUGAAGACAGGAGAACUAGACUAGUACAGACUAGCCUGGAUACGAGACCCCAGCCCGAACUCAAAAAUGUCUAUCGUGUAGGAUAGAUAGAUAUUUUUUAGAUCGGGCUGGGGUCUGGUAUCCAGGCUAGUACAGACUAGCCUCCUCCACCGACCUUUCUGUGGGCGUUUGUAUGUAUGUUGUUUUGCACUGGGAAGGUUCUUAUGCUGUGAAAGGAAUAUAUGCCAGGGAGCUUGUAGUCGAGUCUGUGUAACACAAACUCCACUGUCCAGGUUUGUAACUGGCCCCUCUCCGCGGAGUCCGGCAGAUGUUGGGCGGGCUGCUAUAAGCAAGAUUAAAUCAGGCUACUUAUAGUCCAUCCACGUCCAUGCCAAACGGCCGUGUUUUUGAUGGGCCUUGUAGGAACCGAAAGGGCACAGGCCCGCUGUGGACAGACUAGAAACUCCCCGGCAUAAGAACCUUUCAGGUGCCAAACAACAUACGAAAGUCCACAGAAAGGCCCAUGGACUGGAGGCUAGAUACAGACAAGCUGGUUAAUCUAGACUCUACCAGGCCUCUAAGUCGAAUUGAAAAAAAAACAGUCGACCCAAAUAGUGAUAGGGAAACGCUAGCUCACCUCUAUCCGUGGAAUAACCUAUACUCGUUGUUAUUACAAAGUUAACAGGGGAUCUAUAUUUGCAGGGAUAUCAAGUCGACAGACUGUGGUUUCAAACUGCAA